AUGACUGAGGCCCUAAGACCGGCUUUUUACACAACAGCCCCUUCUCUAAACACGUGUGGGCGCGGGAAACUGGGCGGCAAGGCUCGCGCCAAGGCCAAGACGCGCUCGUCGCGGGCCGGGCUGCAGUUCCCGGUGGGGCGCGUGCACCGCCUGCUCCGCAAGGGCAACUACGCCGAGCGGGUCGGGGCCGGCGCGCCGGUGUACCUGGCGGCCGUGCUGGAGUACCUGACGGCCGAGAUCCUGGAGCUGGCGGGCAACGCGGCCCGCGACAACAAGAAGACGCGCAUCAUCCCGCGCCACCUGCAGCUGGCCAUCCGCAACGACGAGGAGCUCAACAAGCUGCUGGGCCGCGUCACCAUCGCGCAGGGCGGCGUCCAGCCCAACAUCCAGGCCGUGCUGCUGCCCAAGAAGACCGAGAGCCACCACAAAGCUAAGGGCAAGUGAGGAGUUUAACCACUCACGGUCCCUGCCCCAAACAGUCAAAGCUUCUUCUCAGAGCCACCAAACUUCUCGAGAACUGUAGCCCCUAGUGACACGAGCUUACAG